AUGAAAUCCUCCAUCGCGCCUCUGUCGCUCAUCUCCCUAGCGCUGUGCGCUACAAGCAGUGCAUCUGUACUACCCACUAGGACGCUCCAGCGCCGCGCUGACUUCUGCGGCCAAUACGACUCAACCACAACGGGCAGCUAUAGUGUCAAUAACAACCUCUGGGGGCUAAGCGAGGACGAAAACGGCACGCAGUGCACAGGCGUUGACUCGCUGAGCGGCUCCACGAUCGCCUGGCACACCACGUUCUCGUGGUCUGGGGAUACCACACAGGUUAAGAGCUAUGCCGACGUUGCGUUGCAGUUCAGCGCUCAGCAGCUGAGUGCGAUUAGUAGCAUCGAGUCUUCAUGGGAUUGGAGCUACUCUACUACCGAUAUCACCGCCGACGUCUCGUACGAUAUGUUCCUUAGCUCUAGCGCAACCGGGUCUAAUGAGUACGAGAUCAUGGUGUGGCUAGCAGCGAUAGGCGGCGCUGGUCCGAUCUCAUCGACGGGCUCGCCUAUCGCUACGGCGACUAUCAACGGCAUUACCUGGAAUCUGUACUAUGGUAUGAAUGGGAGCACAUACGUGUAUAGCUUUGUGGCGAACUCGGAGGUGACUAGCUUCUCGGGGGAUAUGCUGCAGUUCUUCCAGUAUCUCGAAGAGUACGAGGGCGUGAGCUCUAGUCUGUAUCUGAUCACUGUGCAGUCAGGCACGGAGCCCUUUAGUGGAACGGCUGAGCUAACGACUUCGGCUUAUUCUGUGGUUGUUUCUUGA